UUCCCUCCUUCCUUCCAUUCAAUGCAAGCCAUCAAGCUCUUGUCUGCUUCCCCACAGCAUGACACUUUAGUCAUAGUCUGCACCAGGGACAGGGCUUGUGUGGGAAGAAUUGGGAACAAGCCUGCCCCUUCUAUCAGCUUCUCCUCCCCCCAAGCCUUCCCCUCCUCCCUGUGCACUCUCUAUGCUGCUAGUUGCACAAUCCUAGUCUGGUUCUCAGCUGCAACCUGCACAUCACACAGCUCCCCUGGACUUUACUUGGGCAGCCAUGGACCCCUUUAAGUCUACAUAUCCAUAAGGGAUAUAUAUCUAUUGCUACAGAUGUCAAGUCCUGGAGAGAAAUGCAAGACAGAGGAGCUGCAGUCUCUGGCAGAGACCACCAGACAGACUGUCUCUAGGCACCUUGCAUCAAUGUAACAGGGCGAGUGGAGGACUGCCGUUGGGAACCUCCAUGCAGACAAUAGACGAGGGAAGGCAAGACACAAAAGACUUUCAGCAGAUGACACUUUGCAUCUCCAGACCGGCUAAUGUUGAAACGUUGUGGCCGAGCACCAUAGAUUGAAAUUAUCCUGGUGCUCACAUGGUGGAGAGUAUGACGUCACCCUCCAAGGGCUGUGGGAACAGUCAAAUAGUAACCUCUCAAGGUAUAGACAAAAGUGUCUCAAGAACUCUCUCAGAUGGCAGCUGUCACAAUGGGACUUGCCGCAAUAAAGAGGACUCCCAGGACGAUCAGGGCUCCUUCAAGUCAUCCAACUUCUUCACUAGCCCAAAACAACGGCUGAGUCCUAAUAAUGAAAGGCCCCGAUCCAUGAUCGGUGUGGGAAACUCCUCAACCUGGAAUGCAUUGUCCUCCCUGAGGAAGAUGGGCUCUUUCAAAAAGCUCAAGUCAUCCGUUCUGCAAGGGAUUCAAGCGAAAGAAAAUUCCAUCAUCCUAAGUGAACGUAGAAGCGAUGUGCACAAGUGCUUGUCUUCCGAGUGUUUGAGUGCUCAGACUUUUUGUAGGUUACCCAUUUCGAAAUCUUCGCCUGACCAUUGUAAUUCAGUGGAUGGCCUCCAGUCGGAUGGAUCCGAUAUAGAGGAGCCCGAUAACUCCUUCUUGAGAAGCACCCAUAGAUCCCGCAGCAUCAGGCGUGCCUAUGGAGCUGGCCGAAUCAACUUAUUGGACAGUGACAAAAUGCGUGUGGCCCAUAGUCCCCUAAGCUUGUCUCCUGCUGGAAAGGAACAACACGUGUGCGAAAUCAUAGUGAAGGACUUGGAAAGCAACAAAGUCGUCUACAGACGAAGCAAAAGCACAGACAACCUCAACUUUCUCAAGAAAAGCUCCUUCAAAAGGAAAUCUACCUCAAAUCUGACCGAUGUCAAAUCCAACAGCGAAAAGGAGAUCCUACAGAAAAGUACCCUCAGCACCUCUGCGGACACCGAUAACCUUGGGGGAACUCCUGAAAGAAGGUCAAAGCGAUGGAGGAGUCCUAUCAGGGCAAAGGACUUUGACAGAGUAUUAAAGAUAAUGAGCAAUGUUACAGAUGGACAUUGGAAAAAAGAUGGAGGCAAGCGCCGCUCCCCGACUCCUGAAGACUACCACCAGGGUAGACCAAAUAGUCGCCUGCACGAUGACUAUUCCAGGAGAGUUUCCAGCAACGUUGACUCCGAAAGGAAGAAGUCUAUCCCUAAUCCAUAUUCCCCAACUUUUGAUACUAAAUUGGCACAUAAUUCCACCAGAACCCAGAUGACCAAUCUUGAAACGCACGCGCUGCCUACCAGUCUGACCAUGUCCUCUUCCGGAGGCCUUUCGGACACGUGUAGUCCGUCUCCUACUUGCAGUAGCCUGAGCCAGUUGGCCAGUGAUGUAUUUUAUUCUGACUCUGAGGAUCCCAAAUCGAUCCCCCAUUCCGCUUCAGAUUUAGGAUUUCCUGGGACACCCAUGAGACCCACCGCCCCCAAGCCGCAGAGCCCCAGUACUUCUAUCAUUUGUACUAACCGCAACAGCACUUUAUCAUUGAGCUCUAUGGAGAGUGACGAAAAGGCAGAAUUAUGUGCCGUAAAGGUGGAGAGAAGCCCCCACUCCUUUAAGGAUACCAUUAAGCUUACUUAUUACGACGAUGGCAACGAGGAUAGUGGGGUCAGCAGCCACUCUCAGUUGAGUCUCAAUGUGGUCAAUGAAGAAAAACAUGAGGAGGUUGCGCCUGAAGAUUCUUGGACAAAAUCACCAUCUCAAGAUGAAGAAAAGGCAGAAUCUCAAAAAAUAUCAUCUCAGAAAUGGGUCACUGGAAAAAGCCGAUGCAGGCCGAGACCCCUUUCGGACUAUGGUCAGAUGGCCAUACGCAGUUUCUCCAUCCCAGAAGACUCUGUUCCUAUGGAUUGCCAGAAUGCUGAUGGUGGGAACUGCACGUUUCACUCACGUUCUGUUAGUGAGGGAACUAAAGAUCGCAAACCUGGCGUGGAGUUCCAAGGGAACUAUAAAAGAAGACCCAUCUCUGUAAUAGGUGGGGUCAACCUUUAUGGAGCAAGUGAGGAUGAAGAGAAUUCUGAUAUGCUUCAAAAACCGAUCCCUCGUCCUCCUGUUCCAUCACACAAAGUGCCUCCGUACAAGGCUGUCUCUGCUCGCCUACGGCCCUUUACCUUCUCACAAAGCACACCGAUCGGCCUUGACAGAGUUGGACGCAAGCAGACUGUACGGAUUUCUAACAUCUCUACUGAUGGAGGAGCAGAGUCUACGACAUUGGUUGAUGAUAAUGGCAGUGAGGAGGAGUACAGCUUUGAUGACCGCUACCAGGCCAAUCCAAGAUAUCUUCAGCCAGGAGGAGAGCAGUUGGCCAUCAAUGAGUUAAUAAGUGAUGGUAGCACAGUGUAUGCAGAAGCAUUGUGGGAUCAUGUUACCAUGGAUGAUCAAGAGUUGGCCUUCAAAGCAGGAGAUGUCAUACGAGUCCUUGAAGCUUCAAAUAAGGAUUGGUGGUGGGGUCGAAUUGGAGAUGCCGAAGCCUGGUUUCCAGCAAGUUUUGUCAGGUUGCGAGUGAAUCAAGAAGAUACUGAAAACUCUGGUAGCCUUCAAGAUGAAGAUCAUGACCCUUAUAUUGCGAAAUUCCGGCACAAGAGCCCCGAAAACAAGGAUCAGAUGCGAACAAAUGUAAUUCAAGAAAUAAUGAACACAGAGCGGGUCUACAUCAAACAUUUGAAGGACAUCUGUGAGGGCUACAUCAAGCAAUGUCGAAAGCACACAGGCAUGUUCACUGAAGCACAGCUCAAAACCAUCUUUGGAAAUAUUGAAGAGGUCUAUAAGUUCCAGAAAACAUUCUACAAAAAUUUGGAGAAGCAGUACAACAAAGAAGAACCUCAUCUGAGCGAAAUCGGGGGCUGCUUUCUUGAAAAUCACGAUGGAUUUUCAAUCUACUCCGAGUACUGUAACAACCACCCCAACGCCUGCCUGGAGCUUUCCAACCUGAUGAAGCACAGCAGAUAUCGGCAUUUCUUUGAGGCCUGCCGGCUGCUGCAGCAGAUGAUCGAUAUCGCCAUUGAUGGCUUCCUACUGACUCCGGUCCAGAAGAUCUGCAAGUAUCCUCUGCAACUAGCAGAACUUCUCAAAUACACCACCCAGGACCACAGGGAUUACAACAAAAUAAAAGAAGCUUAUGAAGCCAUGAAAAACGUCGCCUGUUUAAUAAAUGAGCGGAAAAGGCGUCUGGAAAGCAUCGACAAGAUCGCCUGCUGGCAGGUCUCCAUCGUGGGGUGGGAGGGGCAAGACAUGUUAGCCAGGAGUUCUGAAUUGAUCCAUUCGGGGGAACUAACAAAGCUCUUCAAACAAGGCAAAAGCCAACAAAGGACUUUCUUCCUCUUCGACCACCAGCUGGUCUUCUGUAAGAAGGACUUGUUGCGUAGGGACAUUUUGUAUUAUAAAGGCAGGAUAGACAUGGAUGAGAUGGAAUUUACUGACAUAGAGGACGGAAAGGACAGAGACUUCAACCUUAACAUUAAGAACGCCUUUAAAAUGGUGAAUAGGCAGACGGGUGAAGUGCAUUUAUUUUGUGCCAAAAAGCCGGAGGACAAGCAGAGAUGGCUCCAAGCGUUCUUAGACGAAAGAAAGCGAGUCCAGGAAGACAUAGCUAUGGGAAUGGAAAUCUCAGAAGACCAAAAGAAACAAGCCAUGAACAAUGCAAAGAAGUCAAGGCAGGGGAAGAUGAAAGGUGUCACCUACAAUGGAAUCCCCGUAGUCCCUCCUCAUCAGAACCUGCACCCGAUCCACCAGCGUCACAUCACGGUGCCCACCAGCAUUCCACAACAGCAGGUGUUCUCCCUCGCGGAGCCCAAGAGAAAGACCUCUCCGUUCUGGAACACAAUCACUAAGCUCACACCCUUCAAGAAAUGAGGGACCCCCGACAUGAAGGAGAACUACUGUAUUUACGUGAAGGACACUUACAGUAUUUCCAGAUUCAAAAACUUUACGGUCACUUGUGUUUCUAAGCAACUCAACUAGAGUUUUUGUUUUUUUUCCGAGAGGGUGGAAACAACAACAAAAAAAAGAAAAAAAAAAACUCAAAAAUGUGAAAUUGGUGAUCUGGUACUGUGGGGGUAUCGGCAUACAAGUACUUGCUGUUGAUGAAUAUUUUAUUUAUUUUGAUUUUAUGGAACAUUUUUAUUUUUUAAAUAUGUAAAUACAGAAUUUUUUGUUAUAGUGCGAUGUUGAGUCUGCCAAAAAACAUGGGGACAUUGGGAUGAGUGUUUUAGAUGGUAGUGCUGACUGGUGGCCAUUUUUCUCCUCUUUGUGGAAGUGAUGUUAAUGAAGGAUCUGAGACAACUGUGAGCUCGGACUAUAGCGCCCCCCAUAGGGCAGUAAAGCUGGAGUACAACUUUUUGGAGUGAUGGCUGCAGUCCACAGGAGCGCGCCAAAUAGUAGGCAACCAAAAUAUUCCAAUAGUUAAAGGGGUUUUCCAGGAAAAAAAUUUUUUUAUAUAUCAACUGGCUCCAGAAAGUUAAACAGAUUUGUAAAUUACUUCUAUUAAAAAAUUCUUAAUCCUUUCAGUACUUAUGAGCUUCUGAAGUUGAGUUGUUCUUUUCUGUCUAAGUGCUCUCUGAUGACACCUGUCUCGGGAACCGCCCAUUUUAGAAGCAAAUCCCCAUAGCAUAGCUCUUUUACUCUGUGCAGUUCCAGAGACAGACAGAGAUGUCAGCAGAGAGCACUGUUGCCAGACAGAAAACAACAACUCAACUCAAAAAAUGUUUUUCCUUGUAUACCCCUUUAAAUUUUAAAGUGUCACUUUGAAAAGGUUUCAUUGAGCUCAAGCCUCAUUAAAUGUGUAUGGGUUGGGGCAUUUGAUACAUUUUUUGAGUUUUAAACAUUUCAAAAAUUCCAGGUUACUCUUUAAAGUUGUUGCAUUGCUUUAUAAUGUUAUCUAAAAUGCAAAGGGUCAUACAUGGGUUAGUGUCUCAACGCCAACAGGGAAUAUGCUGACCUUUCCAUCCCCUUCUCCAGUGUUUUCCAACCAGGGUACUUCCAGCUGUUGAAAAACUACAACCCCCAGCAUGCCCGGACAGCCUUUGGCUGUCCGGGCAUGCUGGGAGUUGUAGUUUUGCAACAGCUGGAGGCACCCUGGUUGGAAAACACUGCCCUACCCCUAGCUGAUCCUUCCUUUUUCUAGUUGACUAAGUUUGGCCAAGAUUUUCCAAAUAUGUUGUAUACCAGAAUCGGAAGAUUCCGGGAGAUAUUGACAAGUUAGAUAUAGAAUAUACGGUAUAUAUUAAAGGAGAUCUCCGGCGAAAAAUAACCUAUCCCCUAUCGGCAGGAUAGGGGAUAAGUAGCUGAUUGCGGGGGGUCCGACCGCUGGUGCCCCCCGGGACGGGACUCUGCACUCAUUCCUAUGGGUGCGCCGAAAAGACCGCUCGCAUAGAAAUGAAUGGAGCGCGUGCCGUCUACCGGUAGAUGACAUGCGCUCUUCACUGAGAGCACCGGGGUCCCGUCCCAGUGAUCAUGGGGGGCCCCAGCGAUUGGACCCCCCACGAUCAGCUACUUAUCUUCUAUCCUGUGGAUAGAGGGAAAAAUGAAUUUUGUCCGGAGUACUCCUUUAAGGUUCUAUUAAGAUAGGACGAACUCAAAGCGAGAGGUGGUGGGUAAUGAUCUCUUAGCAAAAUUCAGCUUAUGCUUACAGUUUUGGCCAACGGCUAUCGCUUCCUAUUCCCCCCCCCCCCCCCAUAUACAUGCACGUUCUUGUCAACUGAGUGUGCAUAUAUUAUGAAAUCAAAUCCUUUUCUCCCCAACCUCAUCUGUCAGAGAAAGAGUCAAGAGGCCUAAAUACAGAUUAAGGGUGUAUUCACACGUACAGUAUCCUGCGCAUUUAUUCAGUCCACUAGUUUACUCUGAAAUCUGCAGCCAAAAAACUGCAGCUUCAAAUCCUGCGCAUCAAAUAUGCCCAGGAUACUGUACGUGUAAACACACCCUAAAUGAUCAGCCCGUCCCACUGGAAUGGGCCGGUUCAGCUGACGAUAAUCUAUUGUGUAUGGCUGCAAAGCAAGGAUUGGACCGGUUGGGUUUCAACAUAUUAGAUUCUUAUACAAGAUAACCUACUGCCAUAAUGGUGCUAAACAUGCAUGCUCAGCUGAGCUGAACGUGCAUGUUAAUGGUGAGUUGGGAUAAAUAGUUGUAAAGUACUAUAUAACCCUAUACUGCAGUGUUUCCCGACCAGGGUGCCUCCAGCUAUUGUAAAACUACAACUCCCAGCAUGCCCAGACAACCUUCAGCUGUCUGAGCAUGCUGGGAGAUGUAGUUUUGCAACAGCUGGAGGCUCCCUGGUUGGAAAACAGAAUAGGAAAUAUUGAUUAGGAAUUACCAUAUACUUUAACAAAUGAUCUUCCUCGAAGAAGAAGAAAAAAAAUGGCUACCUUGGUAGAAUUACUGUACAUCUCUAAAUUCCAAAUUUUUUCGGCGAGUGUAUCACCGGUCACUAGACUUUGUUAUUUAUUUUGUAUAGCUUAACCGUACAGUUUUCUUAUUCUGUUGUGUCUAUUUUUCAUAAUGAAAAAAAACGUCCCCAAACCCCCCACCUCCCACCCCAAACCAGUAACUCGAGGAGGAGCAUUUACGGAUUCGCAGGAGAAGCACCUUUUAUUGGGUUCCGGGAUUUCGUUCACGUGUGUUAGCACUGGAAUGUGUUAUUUUCAGUUCAGUGUUAAUAUAAAAAAAAAAAAACGAACCAAUUUUUAACUUGUUUGUAAUGAAAUGUAUUUUUUUUGUUUUGUGACUCUUUCAUGAUGGACUUUUAUUUUACUGUUACAUUUCGCUGGACUUUUGAUGAAGUUCUGGUUGGAAUAUUUCUUAAAUAUGUGUAAAAAAAAAAAAAUGGCUUGUUAUUUUAGCAAGCGACCUGCAA